AUGUCUUACACAGUGGAUUUUAACGACACAGUGGUGAGAGCAUAUGGCGAGGGAUUUCCCUUAUUGAUGCCUCGUUGGGGAUACGUCGUAUCCGCUUUUGUUCUCUUCUUAAUUGGCUUCUUCGGAUUCUUCUUGAAUCUCAUGGUGAUUCUCCUCAUGUUCAAAGAUCGACAGCUAUGGACACCUCUGAACAUAAUAUUGUUCAACCUGGUGUGUUCAGACUUUUCCGUUUCCCUAUUGGGAAAUCCCUUGACCCUCAUUUCCGCACUAUUCCAUCGUUGGAUUUUCGGCCACACCAUGUGUGUCAUUUACGGGUUCUUCAUGGCUUUACUUGGUAUCACAUCUAUUACAACGCUCACCGUGAUAUCGUUCGAGCGUUAUCUUAUGGUAACAAGACCUCUCAGCUCACGUCAUCUUAGUUGUAAAGGGGCGACUGUAUCGGUAGUAUUCAUCUGGCUUUACUCACUCGCUCUUACGACCCCGCCAUUAUUGGGCUGGGGGAAUUAUGUCAACGAGGCUGCAAAUAUCAGCUGCUCAGUGAAUUGGCACGAACAAUCGAGGAAUACUCUCACGUACAUCUUAUUCCUGUUCGCGAUGGGACAGAUUGUGCCGCUGGCCGUCAUCACCUUCAGUUACGUCAACAUUAUCAGGACUAUGAAGCGGAAUUCUCAACGCCUGGGUCGUGUUAGCCGAGCCGAGGCGCGAGCCACAGCCAUGGUUUUUAUAAUGAUUAUAUCAUUUACCGUCGCCUGGACCCCAUAUUCACUGUUUGCACUGAUGGAGCAGUUUGCAACCGAGGGAAUUGUAUCACCGGGGGCGGGAGUUAUACCAGCACUAGUAGCAAAAAGUUCAAUUUGUUACGAUCCUUUAAUUUACGUUGGGAUGAAUACACAGUUUCGAAAAUCCAUCAAAAGAAUAUUUGGAAUACAGAAACGAAGAGGUUCUAGGAUUGAAAAGUGCUAUAAUAACUCGAUACUAUCACCAACACAUCGACGAUCUGCGUACAAUGAUAUUACCGUCCGUUAUAAUUCUUCUGACACAGUCAUAUCAACUCCGAAACGGUACUCAGAUAAAAGGAUUUUCAGUAGUGAAGAUUCUGAAAGUCAUAUGGCAUCUACAGUAACGAAUGAAUCAAGUCGCCCAACAGGAAAAGUAUAUGAAUUGUGUACUAUCCAAGAAAACAAGACCGCGUCGGACGCUGAGAGAUCCGGAGAUACUAUUUGCGAUGAUGAUAACACAAGUAAUAAAAACCUAGAACUUGUAUUUGGUGAAUCUUGUAAAAUAUAUAAAGAUUCCACUAAUGACAACGAACGAGUAACAGCUGAUGCAGUGAAAAACAAAAUUCAUAUUACUGAAAGUAAAAACAUUUUAGAUGAAACCGACCUGCAUCUUAUUGAAAGUAAUUUAAAUCAAAGUUCGAAAAGAUCUAAAAUAAUAAGACACAGCUAUUCACUGGAUUUGGGUGGAGUUUCUAACGAAGGUACACGAAGAAAAUUUUCUAUUGAAACUAAACUAGAAACAUUUAACCCUUCAAAAUUAUUCAGAAAAGAUGGAGUAGUGAACAAACUCUUUGAAUCUGAUAAUAGAGAUAAUGUUAGUUAUAUAUGUACAAUUGAUAAUAGCGAAAAUCAUGAGGAACAUUUGUCAUCUAAAUAA